CAUCAAACAUGGCUGACAAAGAAAACAGAAGUAUGGAUGUCGAUAAGAGAAAGAAUAAACCUUGUGGUAGUCAAGUUAAGCCAUUAGCUGACGAAGUUACCCAAAGAAAAGACAACCGGGGCAGCACUGACGGCGAGAAGGACGCCGAAGAAAGCCGUUCCACGACACAAUACUGCGAGAAACUACAGACAUGGAUGUGGCAAUACUACAGUGGAUAUGUGAACUGGCAAAGCUGGCUAGCAGCGUCAGCCAUGUCCUACCCUUACUGUUUACAGCCACCUAACGGGACUUCCACCGUUCUUGAUAUCAACUUCCAGCACUGGCAUAACAAUCCGUUUGGUCUUCCGUUGUCUCCUUACCCACCCGCGGCCGGCUCCUCGAGCGGCCGUGCAGGUGAAGCCAUCGUCGGGGCAGCAGUGCCCGCUCAGCCGCAGCAGCAGCAGGCGAGGGAGAAUGGAAAUGCACCGAGACCAGGACGAGAGUACAGUAUUCCUUCUCCUCUCCAAAGACUAAUGGCUGAGAUGGUGGAUUUCUUCAUAUUGUUUUUCAUCAAAGCAACUAUAAUCAUCAGUAUUAUGCACCUUAGUGGAAUCAAAGAUGUUUCCAAGUUCGCCAUGCAUUUUAUAGUGGAGGAAAUUGAUGAAGACACAUCGAUGGAGGAGCUGCAGAAAAUGAUGCUUGUUGCUCUUGUGUAUCGGAUAUUAGUUUGUUUUUAUGAGAUCAUAUGCAUUUGGGGAGCAGGAGGAGCCACUCCCGGAAAGUUUCUCAUUGGACUCAGAGUCGUGACAUGUGACUCAUCGGUUCUGGUUCAGCCUAACAGGGUUCUUGUCGUGCCGGCAACUAAUGUCUCUCUUUCUGCAUCGACUGUUCGAGCCUUGAAUAAGAACUUUUCCAUUGCCUUCUUCUUCCCAGCCUUCAUCACUCUUCUGUUCUUCCAGCACAACAGGACUGUGUAUGAUAUGGUUGCUGGUACAAUUGUUGUCAAGCGAUCCAGGGACAGAUGAUGCUGCACAGAAGAAUGGCCCCACAAUAACUUUGAACAGGCACUGAGUGACAAUUUGUUUUCUUUUUAAAAAUAUAAUGUCGACUGAACUCAGACACCUCCCUUUCAAGGUAUUGUCAGAGCACAAGAGAAUCGGGAUGGUUGCAUUGAGUUUGAGACACACCAAUAUGAACUGUUUCAAUUUGGAUUUGUUCUGUUUCUGACACACACACUGUAUUUCUGCAUGUAUGUCUACAUGCUGCUUUCAGAAUCAGGUCCUGUGCAAGGAAAAAAUGAUGGUAUCUGCUAAGUUUUUAUUGAUAGAAGAUUCGCUUCCUUUUUAAAAUUGUCUUUCAAGAUUAAGGGUGACUGUCUAACUUGGAUAACUCAGUAUUUAAAGUUUCAGUAGGCAAGGAAACCAGAGAAGACAGGAUUUUAUUUAAAAGAAAAGCCAGAAUAUGAAGAUUAAAGAGCCCUUUUCUUGCACCUUUUAUUUUGUUCUGUUUAACCACCUCCCACUUUUUUUUAAAUAAUAAUAUUUAAAAUAAUAUUAAUAAUAAUAUAUAAUAACAUUUUGCACUGCUCACAUGAUCCGGUAUGAAAGGCAACAAGUCCUUUAAUUAAUCAAUCACUUUGUCAUUUGUUACUUACUUAAAAUGAUCUCUAACGCAUGUGAACAUUUCCCCUUUUAAGGAGGAGCAGAGUCUAGGAGAUAGAUAUGUAGUUGGCAUUAACAUACACAGCUGUUGACAGUGACACUGGAUGUGAGUCAGAUCACCUAAUUUUGCUUUGAAUCAUUUUUCAAUUGCAGUUUGACAAGGCAGAUGGGGAGUGCUAAAUUUCUGUCCCAUCUAAAGGAGUUGACACUGUCUCAGCAGCAGCUUAACCAGGCAUUAACAAGUGCUCAUGUCAUUUUUCCAAGCGUUUAUUUUCUGGUCAUUUCUUGGGGGAUGUGCGUUGUGAUUGGCCGAGGUCUACUGGGGCAAACUUUAUUUUUUUUAAAAAGCUUGAAGACAGAGCUGGGAGAAGGUGCAAGACUCUAGUUUCCUUUCCAUCUGCUUGAGUUAUUAUGCAGUUUUUUCUAAAAACAUUUUGCCUGCAACAGAUUUAAGUUGCUAAUCCUGCAUUAAUGAGAUUACGCCAUCAAGUAUGUCUUUGUAUUAAAUACUUACCCUCAGACCUGUAUGCUCAGACUUAAAAUUUUUGAUCAUUGCUCACAGUGGGAAUCAUGCAUUAAUGAUAACGUGUGAUUAUUAUUGCUUUGUAAUAGCUGAUUGCAGUAUUAUCAUUAGCACUAACAUUUGGGAGAAAUUGAAGCAGAGGAGUAACAAAUGGAAAAACACCACAUGGCUGGAUGGAUGGAUGAUACCACAAUAGGCAAAAUGCCCUAUAGUCUGUGCAAAGGUGAUUGAAGCUGCCGUGGAAUCAAAACCACUUAAGAUCUUAUGAUAAUCCCUACUAAUUGGCCUAAUUUAAUAACAGAUGGCAUUAUCAAGUGUUUACACAUUUAAUUAUGAGAGCUUAUAGAGGAAAUGUACUGUGACAAUUUCUGCUAUAAAAAAUGCAUUAAUGGACAUUUUCUACUCCAGUUUCCUUGAUCAAAGACACUGUUAAGCAUUUUCUUCUGUGUGCUAAAGUACCAAAAAUGCCUGCUAGAUGUGCUGUGAUGAAAUCUACUGUGUAACUUGAUGACAAUCUGUAAAUGGGCCGACUUCAGUUGUGAGAGGAUUACACUGUGUAAAAAUGGCAGCUUACUGAUCCUAUUUUUCUUAUUAAUAAGACUUUGGCUCCACCUGUUGUACAUCUGUUGGUCUUGCAGACAUCAGGCUUCUGCCUGUUGUGAUGAAUCACGGAGAUCACUGCACUGUAACAUGCCUACAUUUGUCUCUGUGUGAUUUUCAUUCAUCCUCGCCGAGAACCAAUCGCUGUGUGCCCGUGACAUGAAUCAAUCCGACUCUAACAGCAGCUUGACUCAGCUUGUUUUUGAGACAUUUCUCCCAUGCUUAGACUUUUCUGGCAUGUCACAUGUACUCCGAGGGGACUGUGGAAGCGCCAAGUGUUGGCAACUGUUGACAUGGUGAUUGUGUUAGGCCCACUAAGUGGCAGUUUCAGCUGACAGCCACAGAUGGUACUCCCAGAUUACAGAGCGACUCCCCGCCCCCCUCACAUGCGGCUGCCAUGCAUCAUGCCAUAGGGAAUAGAAAAAUGUAGCUUAUUGUUGUGAAGAAAGUGUGGGCAGACACUGCCCACGAGUAUCACUGUGCUAUAUUCUGAUGAGUGAGUGUAGCUUGGUUUGGAGUUGAAGCGUUUUUUGUAAUUGAUUUUAUUAUUGACAUCUUCUGGCUCACAUCCAAAAGGGAGUGCAAGAGACAGAUUUUAGGAAAGCUCAAGGGGACAUUUAUCCCUGUAGUUAAUGGCAAAUUUUUGUGUUUAACUUCUUAAUAUUUUACAAAACCUCUCAGCUGCCGAAGUAAAUGAAGACCUUGCAAUCGCUUGUAGUUAGAAACACUCCUGGCAUUAGUAUGUAAAUCCCAUUGAUGAUCGCCUACAUUUCCAUAAAUGGAAAUGUGGCACUAAGCAUGGAAGUGCUGGAAGAGAUUCCUCAUGUAGCCUUGUAAAAAUAUCAAUUUUUAAAACAUGAAAGGAAAUCAUGGAGGUUAGAGGAGGUGAGCUGGGUGCAAAAAUGUAUCGCUCAUAGUAUAUUUAUGUUGUCAUGCUCUGCUUCGGAAAUCUACUUCCUACCUGUCACAUGGCAUGCCAUACGUUAUCAAGCUGAUGUGUCCAGCCUGAGUUCCUGCCACUCUUUCUGGCUCUUUUAACAAGGAAGUCAUGUACAGGCUCACAGCUUUCUCAGACAGCCAUGUGUCUGUGUCUGAACAAAGCCAUGUACAAGCCAGAAGGAAUGAAGUAAACAGUCUGGGCUCAACUGGACUAAAAUAUUCCCUAAGUUUGUGUCCUUACACUCAUUAUUUGCUCAUUAGAUCCUCCGCAAUGGCAGGUGGUGCUGCUGCUCUUCACACACAGACAACAGGCUCCAGGUGUUUUGAAGUCAUGGAAAGGUGCUGUGGGCUGAAAUAGUGCUCGCUGCUGAUGCUUUUUCCUCUCUGGUGUGUCUGUGCCUGUUGGUAUUCCUCUCAAGUGGCAUCAGUAAUUACAGGCUGGCUGGGUUCUGCCUGAGUGGAAAGGGCUGUUGAUGAAGAGGAGACCUGUUGACUGGGGAGGGAGAUAAGUGUCUGCUCUAACGCUAGGGAUGUCAUAAGGCAACACAUAUUUUAUGGGCACAUUCACACACAUAAAAACUUUUGGUGGCUCCUAAUGUCGCUACCUACAUGCACAAAAUUUAUUCAGCUGCGCAGAUCAUUACUUAUCUAAUGGUUUCUCAUUUAGUUUAUUGCUUUUUUAAAACUUUAUAUGUUACUACUGGAGAAAAAAAUGUCUGAGAGAAGUAAAAAGUCUAAGAGAAGUAACCUUAAUGUUUAAUCCUAUGUUUUGGCAAAAAGAAAAGGGAUUUCUGGGGAAACAAAUACGGACUGUUUAAUAUAAAAUGUCUGUUUGUGAUGGGCUAUAAUGGAAAAUAGUUAUUAGUUACUGGAAAUAGAGCUUUCUAACCUCUGUGGGAUUUACUUGGCUAAUUAACGUUAAAUCAAAUGCACACACUGGCUAUUUUGUUCAACUGCUCGUUAAUGCAAAUAUCUAAUUAGCCAAUCACAUGACAGCAUCUCAAUGUAUUUAGGCAUUUAUAUCUGGGUGUUACGAAACUGCUGAUCUACUGGGAUUUUCCCACACAACCAUCUCUAGGGUUUACUGAUAGUGGACUGAAAAAGAGGAAAAUAUACAGCAAGUGGGCAAAAAUAGUAACUCAAAUAACUACUCAUUACAACCAAGGUAUGCAGAAGAACAGCACUGGAAUAAUGAGGCUACAUUUUAUACAGGCUCACCAAAAUUGGACAAUAGAAGCUUGGAAAAAGCGCUGCCUGGUCUGAUGUGACUCGAAUUCUGCUGUGACAUUUGAAUGGUGGAUUCAGAAUUUGGCAUAAACAUCAUGAAAGCAUGACCUGCCUUGUGUGUGCAGGUCAGGCUGAUGGUGGUGGUAUUAGGAUGUUUUCUUGGCACACUUUAGGCCCCUUAGUACAAACUGAGCAUUAUUUAAACACCACAACCUACCUGAGCAUUGUUGCUGACCAUCUCCAUCCCUUUACGACCACAGUCUGCCCAUCUUUGUAAAGAUCAUUGUAGGGUCUUUACCUUACCUUAGAGCGCUUUCAGGCAACUGUUGUUGUGAUUUGGCACUAUAUAAAUAAAAUGGAAUUGAACUGAACUGAAUCUUCUUCACGCGUACCUAAUCACAUUAAAACCAUCAAAUAAUCUGUAGGUCAUCUGUAGGUCACUUGUGGCACCUGUGAUUGGACUGGGAUCAUUUAAUUUAGCGGUCGAAUCGUUGCCCUGGGCUGUUUUUACAGAGAGGUUUGGGGAUUGAACAAUUGAAUUUUUAAGCUUUUUCAAAGCAGGUUGUUAUUUUUAUUAUAUGUCUUACCUUGAAGUACAUGUAGUUGCCACCUCUAUCCAGUCCUUGUAGUUAUUUCAGACAACUGUAAUAACAGUGACACUGCAAUCAGUGGCCCUUUGCUAUAAAGAAG